UGGUCACCAUGGACAUCCCGCGCUGCUCCUGCAGCAUCCAGAACCCGGGCGACCCGUCGGCGCCGCCCAAGACCUUCACCUUCGACGGCGUGUACCCGACGGGCUCCAACACGGAGCAGCUCUACAACGAGAUCGCCUACCCGCUCGUCGAGGGCGUGCUGGAGGGGUACAACAGCACCGUGUUCGCCUACGGCCAGACGGGCUGCGGCAAGAGCUUCACGAUGCAGGGGGUGCGCGAGCCCGCCAACCAGCGGGGCAUCAUACCGCGCGCCUUCGAGCACGUGUUCGAGGCCGUGGCCGUGGACGCCAAGCACCGCUUCCUCGUGCUCGCCUCCUACCUCGAGAUCUACAACGAGGAGAUCCGGGACCUGCUCGGCCCAGACCCGCGCCGCGGCCUCGAGCUGCGGGAGAACGCGGAGAGGGGCGUGUACGUGCACGACCUCUCCUCGCAUCCCGUGCAGAGCGUCGCGGACUGCGAGCGCCUCAUGGAUAGGGGGUGGCGGAACCGAGCGGUGGGCGCCACCCUCAUGAACGCCGAGUCGUCCAGGUCGCACUCCAUCUUCAGCAUAUCGCUGGAGAUGAUGGCGGUGGAGGAGGGCCGCAAGCCCGGGCUGGCCGGGCCCGCGUCGGCCAAGGCGUGCGGCCUGGGCGAGGGGCGCAUCCGGCGGGGCAAGCUCAACCUGGUGGACUUGGCGGGCAGCGAGCGCCAGGCCAAGACGGGCGCCACGGGCGAGCGCCUCAAGGAGGCCAUGAAGAUCAACCUGUCGCUGUCCGCGCUGGGCAACGUCAUCUCGGCGCUCGUGGACGGCAAGAGCAAGCACAUCCCCUACCGGGACUCCAAGCUGACGCGCCUGCUGCAGGACUCCCUCGGCGGCAACACCAAGACACUCAUGGUGGCCUGCCUGUCGCCCGCCGACAACAACUACGACGAGACGCUCUCCACGCUGCGGUACGCCAACCGCGCCAAGAACAUCAGCAACCGGCCGCACAUCAACGAGGACCCCAAGGACACCAUGCUGCGCGAGUACCAGGACGAGAUCCGCAAGCUCAAGGAAAUGCUGGCCUCGGGGGGCACCGCCCUGACCGCGAUGCUCGGCGGCGGCGAGGCCAAGGAGGAGGUCGUUCUGGAUGCGGACAAGAUUCGGCGCGAGUACGAUCAGGAGAUGGUGCGGCUGCGCGAGCAGUACAAGGCCGAGCAGGACUCGAAGGCCCAGCUGCAGGCGGACCUCCACCGCCUACGCGUCCAAUUCGAGGAGAACAUGGCGCAGGCCGAGGCGCAGAAGAGCAAGGCGGACGCCAUCGCAAACGGCGGGUCCCCUGUUUCCCCGGGGGAGGCCAAUUCAAAAUCUAACGCCGCGAGGGAGAAGGUGCUUCGGAGGCUGCAGAAGUUGGAGCAGGCGAUGGUGGGCGGAGAGCGGGCCGACGACUCAGCGCUCAAGGAGCGGCGCAUGCGGCGGCGGCGCGCGGCGCAGCAGCGGCUGCAGAUGCUGUCGCAGGUGCUCGCCAAGGUGGAGGACGAGGAGGGCAUGGUGCUCAAGGUGUACGACGACAUCCAGGAGGAGCUGCGCGUCAAGACGGAAGCCCUGCGGAAGAACAGGCAAAAGGUCCGCGCGCUGGACAGGGAGAUUUCGGAUCUGCAGAGCGAGUUCGAGAACGAGAGGACGGACUACUUGGAGACGAUCAGGAGGCAGCAGCGACAGCUCCAGCUCGUGAACCAGAUUCUUGAGAAGAUUGUCCCGACCCUUCGAAAGGAGUGCAAUUACAGUAACGUGGAGCGCAUCAAGCAGGAGGCCGCGUGGAGCGAGGACCUAGAGCGCUGGCGCAUCCCCGAGCUGUGCGUCUCCAGGACGAAACUCCCUCCUGCAAUCCCUUUCGACAACGCGUUCGUGCGGCACGCCCUGGACGGCCUGACCAACGGGGUGGCGGCCACCAACGGCUCCGGCAGCAAGGGCUCGAGCAGCAAGAGCAGCGCCAACGGCUCGGCCAGCCUGGAGGCCAGCCCGGAGAACUCGGACCGGGCCUCGUCGCCGGGCUCGGACGACGGCAGCGCCAUCAUCCUCCAGAAGCUGGCGCGCAGCGAGGCGGAGGACAUCGCGGGCAACUACUUUAAGCCGCGGCGCGCCAAUGAGCUGCUGACGCGCGCGCGCGCGCAGCGGGACGCCGCCCGAGUGAUCAGUAGGUGGAGGGGGGCCGUGCGCGAGAGUCGCCUCAACGGCCUGGACCUGCACAGCUCCAUGGGCGCCCUCAACACGGUCGGCGGCGCGGGCCUGGCGCCCUCCGGUGGCAGCGGCGGCGCCGGCGGCGGCCCGGCCACCGCGCUGCAACUCAACUCCAGCUGGGGCUCCGGGCAGACCGCCAGCGGCUGGGUCGGCUCGCCGGACCUGGCGAUGCGGAAGCCGGCGCGCCUCGAGGCGCUGCCCGUGCUGGACCGCAAGCGCAAGACGGCGGCCGGCGACCUGCACACGUUCGAGCUCAUCUGACCCCGGGCGGCCGGGGGUGGCCCCGCGCUCCCCGCCCCCCGACUGGCUGGGCCUGGGCCCCCGAUGCUCUUGCUGACGGCGCCCGGCCGCGCCGCCCCCGUGCGGAUCACCCAGCCGAGCUGAGCCGCAGAUGAUCUUCCGGAGGAUUGUCGCUAUCGCCGUCCUGGCGCGUCUGGCGCCACCCCGAAUACGCGGGUGCUAAAGCCCCGCUGUCAGGCGAGCGGGAGGAUUAGCCCGGCGACUGCUCGAGUCGCGCGCUCCUGAAGGACGGACGGGAUUGGACCUCGGAGCAGGGGAGGAUGUCUGGGACAGUUAAGUCCACGUCAGCUGAUGACCCAACCCAGACUCCUCCUGGUGAAGGAAAACUCGACCCCCCGCGAGUACCCAGCAAGCGCAGUGCCGCGGAUGCUUCGGGCUGCUCGAGUUCGGGUUGGUGUGCGAGCGAACACGCCACGACGUGCGUUGUGGCCCAGCACGCGCCGAACACGCUUACGGAGGCGGCACCUUGUCCCGCCGAUCUAAACAGAAUGAUUAUACGGGUUCGGCGAGGUGGGCUCGUGGGCUCGGGACCGGCAGGCGCCGCCUGCGCCGCCUCGUCCUCGCGACGGACGCCCUGUACCCCCUCUCCCUCUAUUGCAUCUGAACGUGGACAUGAACAUUGCACUGGUGAAAAUGUUAUACGUAGUUUCCAUUUAUUUAAUCUUGUGUGAGUCAGUGAGCUCAAAGUUUAUCCACCAACGUGUUUCUUUAUCAGACUCUGAUAAGGAAUUGUCUAAAAGAUUGAUCCCUUAUUUGCCUCUGAAUGUAAACACAAAUUAUUUACUUAAAUAUAGAGUGGGACCAUUAAACUAUUAACAAUUUACAAUUUUGAAUUAAAACCUCUUAUGAAGAGAACAUCUUAAAACUAGUAACGGAAUUGGAAAAUUUCCACCCUUCAAACCUUGAACUUUAUGACUAUCGCUAUCAAUAAGAGAUAAAACAUACAGUAUGAAAAGAUGUCCGUGAGUUUCAAAUGCUAGCAUUCAUCUCCUAUCGCCUUCAGUUAGAUCCCUAGAUUUGAUGUGAUGGACCUUGCAAGUGAAAUUGUUUACUUUCUCAGUCCGUCAUGCUCUUUAGGGGAAACUAAAGUGUGCUCUUCCAAUCUGUUAAUUUACUAUCCAUUUAUGCUCCUCUCAAAAAGGUUUAUGUGAUAUACAUUUUAAGUCAGAUUUAUAUGAAUAUUUUGUCUGUAACUCCCUGUCAAAUUGAAAGAUCCAACCACUGAAACGCUUUUCUGCGUCUCAAAACGAUGGGGUGUAAGCUUGAUGUGGAAAUAAUUACUUUCUCAAGUGUGAACCGUGUAAACCGGCCUGUAAAUAAAACGACAAUUAUUUUA